AAGAGAUAGUGAAAAUAUUAAGGGUCGGCUAUCUCGGCUGUUUAGAGAAGCUUAGCUGUGUGAAUCGGUCUAAUUUUAUUCACAAAAUCCUAAAUUAUACUUAUUACACAAUUCAAUAUUUAAGCUCUUGUAUUUGUGCAAGAGUUCAUUUAAUGAUAUUCUCAUCUAUUUUAUUCGAUAAUCUAAAAUCUGAUAACUUUACAUCAUUACAUACAUACCAUUUAUCCUCAUGCACAUAUACAAAAGACCCAUAAAAAGAAAUGUAUGUCCAUUCUUUACAUUAACUUUAAGUGAUGCUACGUAAAGUAAUUUUUAUAUUAUCGUGACUGUGCUUGCUUCAUUCAUGAUUUAGCAUUUAACGGCACUAAAGGUACAACGAAAAACUUUGAACGCGUGGAAUCCAUUCUCUGAUGCAGAAUGGAAAAAGAAUAAAUGCAUUUCCAGCAGUUGCACGAGCAGAUACGUAAAUCGCUCGUGUAUAUGAGUUAAAACUAAAAAUUUUUUAAUGAAACUCGCGCGCAGAUAUAAAUUCACACUUCCAGUAAGUACAUGUUAACGAUCACUCACGAUACAAUAAACUGUUAUGGAUUCUCGCCGGUGAGAUGGUGCAUCGAUAGAUCACUGGCCGUGCACAAUGCCGAAUGUAACUGGAUAUUUCGCAAGUAUCAGGAUUGCGAAAGCGAGCAUCCAUACGGAAGAUUUUUGGGAUACUGCGGACAGAUCCACAAGGAAAUGAUCGAAUGCAUAAAAGAGCAGAGGCAAAUUCGUAGACAAGCAAAUUUGGAUCAAGCCAGACGAAAAUACGAGAAAAAGAUAUCAAGUCCAAAAAGUAGUGAUUAGUUGUAUAGUUUAUACACGCGAGUAGAUUAAUUAAUAAUAAUAAUCGAAUUU